AUGAAGACUCGGGCCUGCCACCAGCCCCGUCUCCUAAGAGGGAAAAAGAAAUGGUUUUUGUGGGCCCUCAGUGGCUUCCUCUUCCUCUUCUCAGUGGCCAUGACUGGCUGCUUCCUGUGGCAGUACCACCUCCCCAAGCUGCAGUCUGGUUCCUUGAAGCCGGAGGUGACCCCAGCCCCAGUAAAGAUGUGUCCCCGGCACCCCGAGCUUGUGCCUUUGGUUCACCCCCUCCCAGUGCUGAAGGAGGCCUUGGAGAAGGUGGAUGGAAUUCUCCGCAAGGCAAUGUUGGCCCCAGGCCUGGCUGCCAUGUCUGCCCUUGUCAUCCACAAUGACACUGUGCUCUGGACUGGGAACUUUGGAAAGAAGAAUGGCUCAGAUCCAAAUUCUGGAACCCCUAAUGAGUAUACCAUAUACCGGAUUGCCAGCAUCUCCAAGAUCUUCCCCGCGCUUAUGCUGUACCGCCUGUGGGAGGAGGGCAUCGUGGCCUCCUUGGAUGACCCUCUGGAGCGCUAUGCCAGCACCUUCUCUAUCAACAACCCGCUGGGCAAGGCCCAAGACCCUGAACCACAGGGCCCAAUGGGGGAAUAUGAGGAGAUGGGCUCCCUCCCAAGGCCUUCUUCUGUCACUCUCCGGAGGAUGGCCAGUCAGUUGUCAGGGCUUCCCCGAAGGCUGCGGGGCACUUCGCUGUUGUGGAGGGGCAGCACCCAGGAGGCUCUGAACCUGCUCAGGGAUGAUGUCCUGGUGGCUGACCCAGGAACCAGAUGCCACUACAGCACUCUGGCCUUCUCGCUCCUUGCCCAUGUACUGGCUGCGCACACGGCACAGGGAGACUAUGAACGCUGGGUGUCUGAGCAGGUCCUGGAGCCUCUGGGGAUGAGCGACACUGGCUUUGCACUGACUGGAGCUGUGCGUGCUCGCCUGGCUGCUGGCUUCUACGGCAGUGGCCGGUCAGCACCCCUCUACGACCUGGGCUGGUACCGGCCGUCGGGCCAGAUGUACUCCACGGCUGCAGACCUGGCCAGGCUGGCGGCGGCGCUAUUGGGCGCAGGGUCCCGACGGCUGCUGCGCGCCCUGCGUCACGUGCGCGGACGAGUCUUCCAGCUGCAUGUGGCACGCAAGUUCCCAUGCACGCUGCCGCUCGCCGAUGCCUGGCUGUCUCUGGAGGCGCAACACGGGCAGCUGGUGCGUUUCUACCCGCUGGACCGCCACGGGCUGGCUCCAGGCUUCGACGUGCCUGGACUCAAUACCUAUGGAGUGCUGCGCCUGCAGCGCAGGCCAGUGUUCCCCUCUCAAUGA